AUGGCGGCUUCACCUACCCCGUCAGACAUCUCACUGACAGGAUUGUCGCCAACCCGAAUCGAGUCACCCUUCCGGGUCAGAGGAAGCUGGAGCCGGUCGGGAUGCGUAACUUGUAAGAAGAGAAGGAAGAAGUGUGAUGAACAGAAGCCAAAAUGUGGAAAUUGUAUCAGGUUAGGACGUGAUUGUGAGGGCUAUGCCAACCUAUGGAUCACGCCUAUGAGCACUACCACAUCUACAUUCAAACAGCAGAAGGUCUCAAAAACAAAACGCAGGAAACUGUCAAAUGUUUGUCAGAAUGAGAGUAUUCCGUGGUCACCCUCUUCGGAGUCAUAUCAAACAAGUAGCCCAAGUGAAAAGGGCUACUGUGCAACCGGCCCGCUUACUCCAGAAUCGAUCGUCACAGUUGAUGUGUCGGAGACUCAAGAAAGUGCAGACACCUCUAGAGCCAUGACUCUUUGUUCUGAUCAUGGGAAAACAUUCGGGAAUAGCAUUGCUUAUGCGCUCCCAUUAUUCCGUCCCACAGAAUCAUUCUACAUACAAUACCACGUCGAGCGAGGAUCCCGACUGGUAUCAAACCUGGAAAUGAAACGGAACCCCUUGAAUGAAGUGCUGAUUCCACGAGCAUUAUCAUCACCGCUCCUCUUAAAUGCGCUCUGCACUUUAUCAGCAGGCCACAUGGCAAAUUGGGGGUCUUCAAACCGAGACACAUUGCGAAAGGCAGAAAUGAUGUAUUACGGCAAAACAUUAUCUGGUAUUCGGAAUGCGUUGACAGAUUUGUCGCAACAGGUUGUCAUGAGUCCGGCUUAUAUUACUUUGCUUGAAGAAUUGCUUGCUACUGUUGCAUCGCUAUGCAAAUAUGAAGCUGUCAGAGGUUCGGUUAGAUCUUGGAGAGGACAUUUGGAAGCAUUGCAGAGUCUUGUAAGCUCUUGCGGGGGUUUGAUUAAUCUCGAUCGAGAGAUCGCGGAUUGGCUGUCAGGCUUGUUGACAUAUUGGCAAUACAUGGCCAAUCUCAUAACACCGAAUCUCAAACCACGAUUGACGUUCUGUGAAGGUCUGUAUACCAGUCCCAAAAUAGACAUAUACUUGGGAUGUAGCGAGCAAAUGGUGAAAAUUUGUUCGCGAAUUGCAGAUCUUCGCAGGGUGAACGAUUUUGCCUUUCUGAGUCAAGAGAUUAUUGAUAUAAAUGAGUACCUCACCAACUGGUCUUGCAGGGAGCAAUCUUUCAUUAUUCCUGAAGGCAUCACAGAAGCAGCAUUCGAACGACUAGAAAUGGUAGCAAACUGUUUCCGCUAUGCAGCAUUUAUAUUCUUACAUUCGAGUUUGGAGAGACUGGCAUGGCCUGCCGUCACUUCCACCAGUCCCGUGCCAGAACUCACAAUGUGGGAUGAACUACGUUCCGAGAUCUCGCACUCAAAAUCCGAGGCACUACAAAACAUCAUGACUCUACUCCAUUCCAAUCCACCAGAUACUCAUACGGAAUUCUCAGCACUGACUUUCCCAUUAUUCAUCGCUGGAUGCGAAUGUGAAGGCAGCGAAGACCAAUUACCCUCAAUUCUCAGCGCACUAAAAACCUUGGAAAUCAACUUUGGAAUUCAGAAUACGAGACGAGCCCAGGAAUUGAUUGAGCUUUAUUGGGGGUCAGAACGGUUAAGGCAGAGAAGGCACUGGUUAGAUCUAUUGGAGGAUAUGGAUUGGGAUUUACUCUUGGUUUGA